GCAUGACUCGCGUGCAUGACUCGCAGACUGAGCCUGAUACCAUGACUCGUUAGAGUCGCCAACCUUCUCCAGAACUCACAGGGAGUAUAUGACUUUAACAGCAACAAGCAGCAGUCAUUGUUGUUGGAUUUGACCAUUCACGCAUACUGAGAUUAUUGGUGUUUCCUUCAUACCCAAGAUGGCCACCGACCUUGCACACCCUAGAAGCAUUGGAGGCGCCUUUGCUCUCCUCGCUGGGCUUUCUGUAAUUUUAGGAGCAUUUUAUACCAUAAGUUUGGUGGUACACAGACUAUAUUUCCAUCCACUGGCCAAGUUCCCUGGCCCCAAGUUGAAUGCUAUCAGUCCUCUGCCGGGUAUAUACUCCUUGAUGAGAGGUCGUCUUCCUCUCGACAACAAAAUACUGCAUGACAAGUAUGGCGCAGUCGUGCGCGUCUCGCCAAAUGAGCUUGCCUUCAAUAGUGCUCAGGCAUGGGAAGACAUCUACGGGCAUCGUCAAGGGCGACCUAACAUGCACAAAGACCCUAUCCAUGUUGGCUCCGUCGACCCUCUGCCCGGAGCUUCUACCCUGACCAUGGCAGACGAUGCCAACCAUGCAAGGCAGAGGAGAGCUCUUGCGCACUCGUUCUCCCAAAAAGCCCUGUUGGAGCAAGAACCAAUCAUCCAGGGGUAUGUGGACAAGCUCAUACAAAGCCUCAGGCGAAUGUCGAAUCAACAGACCGAAUUCAACAUGGUGAAUUGGUUGAAUUUCACCACGUUCGAUAUCAUUGGAGACCUCGCUUUUGGCGAUCCAUUCGGCUGUCUUGACAAAGGUGCCUUCCAUGACUGGGUUGCUCUGAUCUAUGAGACUGUCAAGGUUGGUGCCAUUGAACAAGCUACCCGCAGGUUUGCCACUGUAGGAUCAUGGACCCAGGAAAUGCUUCUCAACAUGAUCCCGAAGGAGGUCCGACAACGAAGACGCAACCAUCUCAUCUUCAGCAAAGAAAAGGUUCUGCGACGCUUACAAAUUGAAGACACGGACCACAAAGACUUUAUCUGGUAUAUCAUGAAGCAACGUGAGAAAUAUGAUUUGCAUCAAAAUGAGAUUAUCCUCAAUUCAGCUCUUUUCAUCGUGGCGGGAAGCGAGACUACUGCCAAUCUUCUGUCAGGUCUGAUCGCCAGGCUUCUCUGGAACAAAGACAAGUAUGAAAAACUGGUCACGGAGAUCAGAACUCGUUUCAGGACAGAGGAUGAGAUCAACUACGACGAGGCUAGCAAACUUGUAUACCUCAAUGCUUGUCUGGAGGAAGGCUUAAGAAUACACCCACCCGUGCCUACAGGCCUGCUGAGGACCGUUCCGAAAGGUGGCGAUAUGAUUGACGGGCAUUGGGUGGCAGGGGGAACAUCUGUGGCAGUUAGUUCAUGGGCGGCCUCGCACAACCCGGCCAACUUUGCCGAUUGUGACAAAUUCAUUCCUGAGAGAUGGAUCGAUUCGGCUUACGACUCUGAUCUGAAGAAGGCCGCUCAACCAUUUUCAUUGGGGCCACGAGGCUGCAUCGGCAGAAAUUUAUCUUACCUGGAGAUGAGAUUGAUCCUCACUCGCAUUUUGUGGAAUUUCGACAUCAUCAGCACGGAUGGUGCCUGGCAGUGGAAUCCAGAAGGCGAGAUGAAGAACAUGCUGGCUUACAUGACGUGGCAGAAACCAGAUCUGAACUGCAGGGUGGUAAAGGUGGCUAGAUAGGUACUUGCCCUGCCAGAGCGUUG